AUGCCUGACUAUGCGAUCACCACCGAUUUCAUGUCCACUCAGAGGGUCCCAAUCGUUCUGGAUCUGCCAGACGAUUGGUGGGCAUGGAUCGGAUACAUCCAAACGCUCGCAGAGCAGAAACGGGUCUGGAAAUACAUUGAUCCAGACGAUAAGACGAUUACCGUGGAGAAGCCGGUAGAACCAAUCAUGCCGCAGCCAGCGAAGCCAUUCGAUAGAAUGACCUCAGACGAACUAUCUGCCUGGCGGGACAUAGCCUGGCAAUACGAUUGUGAGGAGAGAAUGUUUGAUAAAGAUGAAGACGGCCUGAGCAUAGUAUGGCAAGCGAUUGAAUCAACGGUCAGCCAUCAUCACUGGCAUAUCAUCAGGAAGAGAGAGACGGUGAGGCAAAAGCUCAUCAAGCUGAGAGAUAAAAUGAAGCCGAAUAAGAUGACACCUUACUAG